AAUCACUGUUGAUGAGGGGAGUGGAACCUCAACCGAGCACAUUAUUGUGAUAGAGGCUGCAGAUAUAGAGGCUGCAGGUCCUGGGGUCAAGCAGGAGAGGUCUGUAGGAGAGGAGGACCUCCAGACUGCAGCACCGCCUGAAGCCACGGAGGACCUCACUGCCGCCGCACCGCAGCCCAGGACCCGACGCAGCAUCACGGAGGAGGAGGGUCCAGAGGUGCUGCUGGUGAAGGAGGAGGGGUGUGAGGAGGGUCUGGGAAACCCUGAGGGGACCAUGGUCAUGGAGGACAACCAGACGACACCUCCUCCUGAACCCACAGAGGAACCAGCUGAACAGCACAGGACCACACACAGUCUCACUGAGUCAGUAGACAUGGAGGAUGGGAAGCCUGAUCUGCUGUUGGUCAAAGAGGAGACAAUAGAAGAUGUACCAGAGAGCAUUGAUCUGCUGAGUGGACUAAAGAUGGGGGAGCAAGGUGAUUGGCUGGAGGCUAACAGAGGAGACUGGGGAGCCGUCUUGGAUUCCCAGACUGGUGCAGCCAAGGGCCCAGGGGACGACAUCACUGAGCAGGACAGGACCAGAGGCGACAUAGUGGAGUCUGCAGUCCAUGAAGACCUGCUGAUAUCCAGUGUUACUGGUGGGAGAGACUGGACCUCCGAAGCGGCUGGUCACAAACCCUGGCCCCGGAUGAGAACCAUGGAUCAGGAGCCGUCACUAUUCCUUCCUGAAUCGGAACCAGGACCCAACUGCAAGAGACAGAGACUCCACCACCACACAGAACACAACCAGUGGACAGAUGGACUGAACAACCUCAGUCCUGGUGGUCAUCAGAGAGACAGAGGCUCCAGUCAGGGAUCCAGUCUGCAGCCCAGACCCUUCUCUUCACAGUCUCAGUGCAGGGAUGAAGCAGGGCCUGGGGCUGAUAGAGAUAGACCCUCCUGUUCCUAUGAUACAAACGCCACAGUAUCCAUGAUGAACAGAGCAGGUCACCCUGGGCUUCAGCCUUCACAGAGAGUGGUGGGAGACCCCCCUGGUGGUAGUCUAUCAGCAAGUCUGUCUUCUCCUUCAGGAUCUCAUUUAAUGUCUGGUGACUGGGUUCAUAGAAAGCCUGGGUCUAGCUUUCCUCAGUUACCUCAAGGUUACCCCACCAAUGCAGACAGGUUCAGGAUGGGCGUUUACCACAAGAAGCACCUAGCCUAUAGCACAGCACACAAUCCCAGCAACACCCAAACAAUGACUAGAGGUCAAGGAGGGAGCUCAAAGACUAACCACCUGACGGCGGUGGCGCCUACUUCUACCUCCUCUGUCAUUGGGUCACAAUGUGGAAGGCCGGGCAUUAGGACGGAUGCCGACAAGCCGUACGCCUGCCCCACGUGUGGGAAGCGCUUUGCUAAGACUAAAUAUAUGAAACAGCACCAGAACAUUCACACCAAAGAGAGGCCUUUCAAGUGCAAACUAUGUUCCAAGAGCUUCUCCUUCCUGAGUUACCUAAUCAGACAUAGCUGUGCCCACAAUGGGGAGAAAUUGUAGCUAUUCUUUAGCUGAAAUAUUUUAUUUAUCAUGUGAAGUGUACUGGGGGUAAGACUUUUGGGGAUUACUAGGUCCCUUAGUUGAGCAUCUGGGUACACUCACAUGAUACAGACUUGUUGUUUUGGUGUGCUAGCCGAAACACUGACAUUGAAGUGUAUCACUAUUUCACCUCUGAACUUGGUUUUGCCUAUGUUCUAUUCAUAACAAUAUGUUUUAUAACCCCUUUUUAAAACACAUUAUUUGGCAUAGUCAGGUGGGAUCUGUUCAUUUAUGUACAACAACAGAAAAAUAGGUGAUCAAAUAUUUGAAUAAAUUAGAUAUCAUGUUGUACUUUUGAUUAAAAAAAGCAAGUAAAAUUAACUUAUCAUUAAGAAUUAAACAUGACCUUAGUUUCGUUGGCUUCCUACGAACCUAUAGGGCAAGGACCGAGCUUUAAAGGGUUUCCACUAGGUUCCACAGUUAAAGUAAAAAGAAAGUGCUGUAUUGUAAAAAUUCCUGAAAAUAAAUUUAUUUUCUAAUUUAACUUUAGGGUUAGGCAGAAAGUUAGCAUUGGGGUUAAGAUAAAUUGUAGAAAUAGGGGUUUAGCCAUAAUUAUGACUGUGGAAACUGGUGACGACCGCUUGAAAGAUAGUGAUCAUGAAUAGGAGGUUUGAUGUGUGGGGAUUGUGAUGGGAGGAAGAAAUGGGGCCUAAAUGGGUAAUUGUGUGUUCAGACUCUACUACUAGCCUGGUUGCCGCUGAGAGAAGGGAAGGAAGUAAGUCAAAGGAACACCCAGACCUGAUAAUCGAGCUGUUGCCACUUUAUAGGGUGGGGCAGAAAGGGAUUAAGGUUGGUUUUCUGUGGUUCCAGGUCAUGUUGGAGUAGGGAGAAAUGAGGCAGCGGAUAAGGUAACGAAAGCAGCUCUGAAGAGGGAGGAGGUAGAUAUGGUGGUACCAUUCAUCUAGAAUUCUGUGAGGAAGGUCAGUGGGUAUCUGGGGAGUGAAAUGAGGGGUGGGGUGCUGUUGACAAGGCUGAGGUUGGGUCAUUGUGGAUAGGAAAAUGGGUUAUUGUUAGUGAGGAAACACCCAGAUGGGAAGUGUGAGGUAGAGACUGAAGUACACUAUCAGUCAAAAGUUUGGACACCUACUCAUUCAUGGAUUCUUUUUCUUAGUAAUAGUGAAGACA